AUCUAUUUGUGGGCAAACAUCUCGCUGUACGCACCCAUCACUCUGCGGCCAUUGCCUCAAGACUUUGAACCUGUUUUGCUGGAAAUGCCGGUUAUUCGCAGCGAUGAGGAAGAGGAGGAAGAAAUCAAUGAAUCAAAUGCCGUAUUCGAUGGCACCGAAGAUGUAGAACAAAUGGAUACCAAUGAAGAUGUUGUAUAUAAAUCACCGGAACAGUUGACUAACGACUUGAUAACAUUGUCGUCGCUGCCGGACUCGAAGUGGAAAAAUCUCUUGUGUUUGGAUUUAAUUAAAAAACGGAAUAAACCCAAAGAACCGGUACAUAAGCCCGAAAACGCCCCCUUCUUUCUACCGACAGUCGCGGGACUCGAACCCAAGUUUGCCAUCGAAGACAAAGAUGACGACAAGAAUAAAGACAAACAAAUUGAUUCACAUAUUGUUGACAAAUUGAAACCCAUUUCAAUGUUUGGAAAGUUAAUCAUUACAUGCCAUGAGAAUGAGUCUAAUUAUGAGCCACUCCUGGAUCUCCUUAAAACGAUGGGUCCCUCAGCCAUCGACGCCGAGAUCCGAUCCUUAUCCACACAACUCAAUGGUUCGCCAAAUCUAUUGAUCUAUUUCUUGGACGCAAUGGAAGCGACGCUUAAGACUAAUAAGGACUUCGAACUGAUUCAGUCAUAUUUGGGACUAUUCCUCAAAAUACACACCGAAGAUAUCGUUACCAAUGAAGCCCUUAAGACACGGUGCGAACAGUUAUCCCAAAUGACUGAUGAGUUAUGGGAUAGACUAUCGAAAGAGUUUAAUAAGUCGUUGUGUUUAACAAAUUACUUGCGAAGCGCUGUCCUAUGAGUUAAUAAUGAGUUUUAUUUUGUGAUUAUUUAUGAGACGAUGUAAUAAAAGCACG